UAUAAUUCAUGUCGGUGCUUUUGAAUAUUGUUUGAGGAAACGUGAAGAAAACACACACAAAAAACUCGAUCUUCAAUUUUUACCGGAAGUAACUUUCAACCGGAUCGGAUCUUCUUUGUUGAUUGACAGCUUGGUUUCCCUAGCAACAGUAAACGCAGCCCAGUGCAGGGGGGUGGCCAUGGCGGAGCUCCUCAAGAUUAGGUGUAAAAUUGAAGAGUUCCGAAAACAACAGUUCUACAAACAGAGGUUAGCUGAGGCAAACAAACGGGCAGAAUUCAAGGCUGUUCUCAAAAUCCAGAGCUGGUUCAGAGGCCACAGGGUGAGAAUCUACAUCAGGCAUCUGCACGAGAAGGCGGUCAUUAUACAGAAGAUAUGGCGGGGCUUCAGAGCAAGGGCACUUUUCAGACAAAUGGUGACGGCAGCAUAUUUUAUCAUGAAGAUGAAUUUCUACAACGAGAUGGCUGUUAGGAUCCAGCGAAGGUGGCGAGGAUUUUAUGUGCGCAAGUACAUCCAUAGCUUCUAUUCGCGCAAGAGCUAUCUGACAAGACUGUCCAGAAAAAAUGAAGUAAUCAGGAAGGAGAUGGAUGAACUUGAAGAGCUCCAGAAGAGAGAGAGAAGCUGUCUGAAAAAGGUGAAUGAGCAGAAAACCAAAAUCUUCCAAGCUUACAGAUGGCACCAUCUCCUCAGCACCAAGCAGUGCCCAGGGGUCUUCAACUCUCCAUUCAGACUGGCCCCCCAUGAGAUGGAGUCACUACUGAGGCAGGUCAAGUACCAGGCCCCCACAAGGCUAGUCCCCAGGGAAAGCACUCAUCUCACACCUGCAAGCCUGACGCCCCCCACUUUCGCCAUGACUCCUGGAUCCCCGAGGAGAAAAAGUCGAGCCUGUUGCUCCCCCGACCCCAUACUUCCUCCUAUCACGAACACCAAACAGCAGGUCCGGAUCAGAGACCCUGGGGAUAUGUGGGAGCAAGGCGUGUGUUUUCCUGAGUUGUCUUCGCAUCUGCAGACCUCAUACGGGUACCUGGAGGAUCCACAGAAUGAGAUACGACUUCACAGUGGCACACUGUCGUUGUCAUUUCAGGGCGUUCAAUCAACCAAAUGUGGGUUUUGGCACCAACCGUUGGACUAGAUCUUACCAAUCUAAGUCUAUGAGCAUGAACUGAUGAAUCCAACUCGGAUGAGCGGCGAAACG